UUUCCUUUGGGCUUGCUUGCUGCCAGGGACAUUACGAUGCCAUCCCCGAUGGAGGGAUCUUCCAGAGAAGGUGACCUGUUUACUGUGAAACAUGAGCUGAAAAAUGCCAACCUGACGGGUCACGUAGAGAGGGUGGGCAUUGAGAACUUUGAGCUGUUGAAGGUGCUCGGCACAGGAGCAUAUGGCAAAGUGUUCCUGGUGAGGAAAGUGAGUGGCCAUGAUGCGGGGAAGCUAUACGCCAUGAAGGUUUUAAAGAAGGCCACUAUUGUACAGAAGGCAAAGACUGCCGAACACACACGGACGGAGCGGCAAGUGCUGGAGCACAUCCGCCAGUCUCCGUUUCUUGUCACACUUCACUAUGCCUUCCAGACGGACACCAAGCUGCACCUCAUUCUUGAUUAUGUAAAUGGUGGGGAGCUCUUCACACACUUGGUGCAAAGGGUGCGGUUUAAAGAGCAAGAAGUCGCCCUGUACAGUGGAGAGAUUGUGUUGGCACUAGAACAUCUACACAAGCUUGGGAUUGUCUAUCGGGACCUAAAACUUGAGAAUAUUCUACUGGACUCGAGCGGUCAUAUAGUUCUCACAGACUUCGGCCUUAGUAAAGAAUUUGAUCAGGUUGAAAGGGCUUUCUCUGUCUGCGGCACCAUUGAAUAUAUGGCUCCAGAAAUAGUGGAAGGAGGAGAGUCUGGACAUGACAAGGCGGUGGACUGGUGGAGCCUCGGUGUGUUGAUGUACGAGCUUUUGACUGGUGGAUCCCCCUUCACUGUUGACGGAGACGAGAACUCACACACAGACAUUGCCAAGAGGAUUUCCAAAAAGGAUCCUCCUUUCCCCAAAGACAUGGGACCACUGGCCAAAGACCUAAUCCAGCGUCUCCUCAUCAAAGAUCCAAAGAAGAGAUUAGGCUCCGGUCCUAAUGGAGCCGAGAAUGUAAAGAAACACCCGUUUUACCAGAAAAUUAACUGGGAGGACUUGGCAGCUAAGAAGGUGCCUGCGCCGUUCAAGCCAGUGAUUCGGGAUGAGCUGGACGUCAGCAACUUCGCAGACGAGUUCACAGAGAUGGACCCCACCUACUCCCCUGCAGCUCUUCCUCAGAACUGUGACCGCAUCUUCCAGGGAUAUUCUUUCAUGGCCCCCUCCAUCCUGUUCAAGAGGAAUGUGGUGAUGGACGACCCUGUCCAGCUGUGUGGGGGCUCUGAGAGGCCAGGCUCGGCUGCGGUGGCCCGCAGCGCCAUGAUGAAGGACUCGCCUUUCUAUAUGAGUUACGAGAUGGACCUGAAGGACAGCGCUCUGGGAGAGGGCAGCUUCUCCAUCUGCAGACGGUGCACACACAAGAAGACUGGGCAGAAAUACGCAGUCAAGAUUGUCAGCAAGAGGAUGGAGGCACAGACCCAGCGGGAAAUAGCGGCCCUGAAGCUCUGCGAUGGCCACCCCAACAUUGUCAAGUUACAUGAAAUCUACCACGAUCAGCUCCACACAUACCUGGUCUUGGAGCUGCUUGGCGGAGGCGAGUUGCUGGAGAGAAUCCGCAGGAAGCAGCAUUUCAGCGAAACGGAGGCCAGCCGCAUCAUGCGCAAACUGGUGUCUGCUGUCAGCCACAUGCAUGACGUAGGAGUGGUGCACAGGGACCUUAAACCGGAGAACUUGCUCUUCACAGACGAGAGUGAGAACUCAGAGAUAAAAAUCAUAGACUUUGGCUUCGCUCGUCUCAAACCACCAGACAAUCAGCUCCUGAAGACUCCCUGCUUCACCCUGCAGUACGCCGCACCAGAGAUACUCAAAUAUGAUGGCUACGAUGAGUCCUGCGACCUGUGGAGUCUGGGGGUCAUUCUGUACACUAUGCUGUCUGGCCAGGUGCCUUUUCAGUGUCAGGAGAAGAGCCUGACUCAUACCAGUGCUGAGGAGAUUAUGAAGAAAAUCAAACAAGGAGACUUCUCUUUUGAAGGAGAGGCCUGGAGAAAUGUGUCCCAGCAGGCCAAAGACCUGAUACAAGAGCUGCUGACCGUGGACCCAAACAAGAGGAUUAAGAUGUGCGGCCUCCGCUACAAUGCCUGGCUGCAGGACGACAGCCAGCUGUCCUCCAACCCACUCAUGACCCCGGACAUCCUGGGCUCCUCCACUGCCUCCGUCCACACUUACGUCAAAGCUACCUUUAAUGCAUUUAACAAAUGUAAGCGGGAAGGUUUCCGCCUGCAGACGGUGGACAAAGCACCACUGGCCAAGAGGAGGAAGAUGAAAAAGACGAGUACCAGCACAGACACCCGCAGCAGUUCCAGCGAGAGCACCCAUUCCUCGUCGUCCUCCUCCCAGUCUCAGGAGAAGACUUUCCCGGAGGGCGACGCCAAUCCACAGCCCUCCAACAGCACUCCUCUCACCACCCCUGUCAGCACACCGGUGGCCCUGGGAACAGACUCUGGGCACCAACCAGCACCUCCAGCCUUUCACUUCUCAGAAGGACAGUGAGACAGCGAGAGGAAAAAAAAAACAAACAAACCCAGAUUCAGAUAGUUUCAUGAACCGAAGAACGGCUCGGACUAGCGUAGAGACAGCUCUCUUCUUUCUCUGUGUCCCCGGCAGCUCUCUGCCUCUGGCUCAAAUUGCAUGGACGUCCGCACGUCUCCAAAAAUCAAGCAUGCAGCAGGAGCAGCAACCGUCACCUCAAUAUCUAUCAAUCAGUCAUCACUAGCAAUAGCCUAUCCGUUCUUUUCUCUCUGACUUUCACAGACAGACUGUGUCAAUCAGGGACUGGACCAGGAAGAAGUUGUCCCCGGUGUCCUAAAUGAAAAGGGCUGCCCUACUGCCCCCCCCCGGUCCAGACAGACAAUGGAGAGACGUCUUCAGUCUCGUCAUCAGAUCACAGCCUCUGUCCUCUCCAUUCACCCGUCUCUGUCCGCGUCUCCAGAGGUUUUAAAGGGAAAGUCGUCGUGUUUACACCACGGAUGCUUUGUAUUUUUCGUCAACGAGCGAAACGAAAUGCAAACGGGCUGCAGCGCAACGUAACGUGGGUCCGCUUCUCUUUUGCGGGAAGUCCCUGCGAGAUGGAGCAGGUUAUUUAUAUGUGAAUUUUACAGACUGAAAUUUAUUUAUGAUAAGCUAUAUUGUUAACUUAUUUAUGGUUCAGAAUGAUCUGAAAAGAAAUAAUGGAUACAAGUGAGUCUUUAAAAAAAAAAAACGAAAAGAAAAAAAAACAGAAGCUAUUUUGUGUAUGUGUGUAUGUUUCCCUAUCAGCUCAAAAGACUGUUUCUGUGUCAUUCUUAACUCUUUGUGGUUCUCUUACAUGUCAAUGCCUCUCGUGGGUCAUGAAGACACAGUUAUGUAGACACUGCAACUUACUGUAGGCGAGAAGAGAUUAAAACCGUUGGCCACCGGUUGAUGGUUCGUCAAAUUCACGCAACCAGAAAUCCUUUGUUGGAUUUUGAAAUCAGUGGAUUUCGGGGGUCGAACCGCAGCUGUGUUCAGUGUUAAAAAUCCAUUUCCUCGUUCACAAAGAAGCAAAAGUGUAAACAUCGUUUUUGUAGGAACAGCCAAACGUGGAUGUCGUAUGUUCAGCCAAAUCUGUGGUUUUUAUUGUUGUGUGGGGAAUACUGCUGCCUGAAGGGAUGCGACCCUACAAGAAGAGCUAUAUUUAGACGUAUUUUUUCUUUGCCUCUCAUGUGGGAGUACGGCUACUUCAAGACUCUGCACUGCUGCUUUUCCACAUGGUCUGAUCCUCGAGUCAGUAUUUAGCCCAGCAGUGGAUUUGCCUUGUGCGCUUUAAGACUUAAUUGCCUCAUCAUCACUACGACCAAUUGGAUUGAGCCAGAAUGUCCCAAACGGAAAAUUCAGAUCAGCUUAGUGCGAGGUGUAAGUAGUUUGAGUUUUCUCUUAUCCAAGAUGCCAAAGGGCAGUUUCAGGUGACCUUCUUUUAAAACAAACGAAGGUUUAUGUGCCAAAAAAAAUGCAAUUGAAUCAGGUGAUGUCAGGCCUGUUAGUGUCGGCAGUGACACAUUUGGACAUUUUAAGGCAAUACAGUGCAAAAAAAAAGUUGUGUCACUGUUCUGAGUCUUGGAACCAUCAUGAGGAUAGCCCCCCCCCUAAACAAACUCCCCUUUUUACGCCAUCCUUGCUCUAUUCACCACGCUGCACUGCAUGACUGAAACGGUGAUCCUUGCACUGUGUGACAGCUCUCACUUUGAGGCAGAUAUCCGGUUAGUAUUAAGUCCCCCAGUGCAUGAUGUGAACUCAAACAUCAGCCACUCUUUGUCUUUACGGGCUUUGUUUCCCCAGCAGAUUCUUACUUGAUUUAACGUGAGUUGCACAUUUUAAAAUUUCCUGAUUUAUUUCAGGACUUUGAAGUUCUGCUGUUGUGAUGGAUGUACGAGAACCCUCCCCUUUUUUUUAAACAAUAGCCUAAAUAUUGUCACAUCCCAGUGUUAGGACGCCGGUGUUAGUUAGGCAAGUACAACGCCACGCUCUGUUAGUAGUACGUCUUGGUCUGUUUCCAUGGUAAUAACUGAAACGCCGUGUUUUGUUGAUAUGUACAGGGGUACUUUGUGAUCAGUGCUGCCCAGAAAACGUUCCUCAACAAAUUCUUAGUCGGACUGCUGUGUGCAUUUAAACACACUCGCUCAUCUUCUUCCAUUUUAAUGCACUCUGAAUCAGAACCAAAGCAUUAACUUCAAGGUAGCUGCUUUAAGCUGCAUGAGAUAUUUCCUUUCAUGCAAAUAUGCAAAGAGAUGCUCCGUAUACAUAUAUAUAUAUAUCUCACAGUUUGUUUUCGUCUGGUCGGUGACAUGUGGUUCUAGCUCAGAUGUUCUUUAUAGGAUCAUAUCCAGCACAUUAUCAUGCUUAAAACUAUGCAUCUGUUUUUGUUUUGUUUUGCUGUCGUGUUGCUUCAGCCAUUUAAAAAGACCAAAUGGGUUUAAACAUAGCGCUUCAAAGGGCGUAACACAAUGUACAUAUACUGUACUUCCCAUAGCAUCGGCCACAAUAGAAAUAGCAAAGUAGGAUCCAUUGCCCUCGUGAAAAAGCUGGAAUCCUUGGAGCUAAACACUACAAAGCUCUUGUCUAACUUAGUUCGCAUGAGUUCCCCGUUGCUGCCUCAUUAAGCCUCUUUUCUUUUGUUUGGGUGUAUUAAUAGCUCAAGUGGAGGAAGAGGAAGAGUGUCCUAUAUUGAGCUCCCCUCUGGGAGCCAGGCUCUAUUAGCUGAUGUGCUGCAGCGCUGUUUGUUCCAAAGAAAAUACCGUACUCCACUCACUGCCUCUGUGGGACCAAGCUCACUUUCUUUGUAGGGAAAAUAACAGUGCAUCACAGGAAAGGGUUGGUUUUAGUACCGACGUCUCUCGGGGCUGAUUUUCAAACUAGGUUUCCCCCCUUUGAUGAACAGCUUGUUUCGCUGUGCCACUACGAGGAAAACAGAGAGAGAGAGGGAAGGAGGGAGGGAGGCUGGUUUUGAUUUGAGCUCCUGUUGUCUUUGAUACAUUUUUUUUUUAUGUUGUUGGUUCGCUGGAAUUUUAAUGAAAGUUCCUUUUCUGCC